AUGAGCACGACUUCCCGAAUUGUCCCACUUGUGCUUCAUCCGAUGUCGUUGUGUCGCCUCCGCGAGUUGAAAUACGCAAGCGGUCUCGAGGUUAGGAUGUGGAGAAGUCGGAGCACCGAAUGCUACGUCUCGAUAUCGGGGUUUCCGUAUGGAGUGAUUUCAAGGUGGAAGCUCUCAUGUCUCGUCUUCCCCAGUCAAGGACAAAAUGCCGACGUGGGCCGGACCAGCGCAGUCGAUGCGAGCGAAGGCUUGUCCGCUCCCAAUCAAACUCGUUCCCGGGAAGGCGAUUUGAGCGGCCAUCUCAUUCGUUGUGCGGCAAAGGGUCGUCUUUUCGCCGCUUUGGUUGGCAUAAUCUGCAUCGACUCAAAAGCUGUUGUGGGCGAUCUGAUAUCUCUUGACAUCAUUUUCCCCGCUGCACACCAGGCUUACGGGAUGCUGAUCGUUAAUGCUGCAUGGUUGGUCGUUACAUACACAAAGAACGCAACGCUUGUCGCACGGUUCAUUUACGCCAUAUUGCUGAAUGCAGUGGAGCUGGCGCUCAGUGCCGCCAAAUCCCACCGAAGAGGCCAAUUUGGUGAACAGAUUGCUAUUCAACUGUCCUGCUGCUACGGCAUCUACGGUACGACUAUUGUUGCUUGUCAGGCGGUACACCGCGUGUCAGAGGUUCGCGAAACUGAGGUCGAUGCACUCGGAAGUAGCCAAGUAACCACGCUGGACUCUGCACGAGCCGUCAUGGUUAAGAUGGCAACCAUCGCGAAGAGAACGAGGUCACCGAUACGUCCAAUGUACAACAUGCAGACGUCAUACGCAGCUGAUAGCGACCUUGGUGAAGGAAUUUCUUCCCCACCAGAAACUCUUGACCGUUCAAGAAACUCUAGAGCGUGUCACAGGUGUCGCGAUUUCAAAGCGAAGUGCGAGCCCAACAGUAGCAAUAAAGAUAAGUGCAAGAAAUGUGAUGAAGACAGAGCGAGUACAAUAGGGUUCUCGCAUUGUAAACGAGCUUUCGUCCGGUCUCAUGAGAAAUCAGCCGUGGAACAGAGGCGUGGCCCGCCAAAAGGCUAUCUGCAUGCUAUCGAACGCAGGCUACACCUAGUCGAAUGUCUCCUAUCAGCCAUCGUGACUUCUCAAGACAUCCGUGCGAAGGGAGUAGUUGCCGCCCUGAUGAAGGAUCCUCUUGCCCGAAAGAUUCUAACAGAGAUCCAAGAAAGCGGGUCACAUAUUCCAACAGAGAGGCACGAACAAGUGGGAAUUGCGAGUCACAAUCUAGUAUCGCCUGGUCCUUACCCGAGAUUCGACGACACCAGAAAGCAGACGCGACAGGAACGCGAGUCAUUUGUCUACAAAGAACGACUCGUGAAGACGUUGCCCAUGGCGGAAUGGCACGACAAUUUAUCAGUGACAUUAUCAAGCUCGACUUGCCAGCCCAUCGAGAACACCAAAACGCCAGCCAUCUCCUUGGUGCCCGUGCUCGGAGCUGACCCCCAGCUGACGACCCCGGAGGAAUUUGCACUCCUCGAGAAUCUGAGUGACACAAGGCAGUGCACAUAUUUGCUUUCCACCAACGUUUUCCCUGUGGCGUCAGCUCCUGAGCAGACGGCACUGACAGCCUAUUCGCUGAAGCGUGUUCAUGAUAUCGAUAACAGCAAUGAUGUCGAGCAGAGUUCUCGAAAAAGACGUAGGAUAGUCGUCGACGCUAAGAAGUUAAACACACAAAUGGUUCAUGGUACACGGCCAGAUACAGUUGACUUCAAGUCCAGCGAGGAUGCGAUGAAUAAUCUAUUACUGCACAUGAGCGAAGAAAAUGCGCCGGAUCCAUUCCUCAAAAUACCUCCUUCUGACGACUUCCGACUCGAUAUGUAUCUUGAUCAAAUGAAAGAACAGUCACCUGUCUGGUUCACGCCUUGGCUGUUGUCUGCGAAUGGCUUCCUGCUCACACUGGUCGGCAUCGACCCAGAUCAGUCAUCUGCAACUGAGAACUGGCUAAUGGAUUACUGA